GGGGAAAAGCAAAAACAAAAUCCUAAAACAAUAACAUAAAACAUAAAAAAAAUUGUCAAGAGAAAGGAAGGAAAAGAGGUUAGGAGGGCAGUCUCUCUAGAAAGGAGGUUUGACCUCUCUUUCUCUCUCUCUUCCUUCUCUUUGAAUUGAUCCACUGUCCUUUUGAAUUCUUCUAAUUCAUCAAUAUUUUCAAUAUUUUCAUGCCUCUUGCCUUGUAAAUUCUUCUCAUCCUUAUUCCCUCCUUCCCUUCUUCCUCCCGAUAUAUCUCCUCUCCAAUUCUAUUCCCUUUGUUCACAUGCAUACCUUCUUUAGUUUUCUAUUUUUUUAACUUUAGUUUCCUGAAAGUCAAAUUCUUCAUUUUCCAUUAAAAUUGGCUUUUGUUUGGUCUUGUCCUCCAGAGAUUUGAUCAUUUAUAGCUGGAUCUUGGAUCUUCUUUCGCAAUUACAAAUACCCAUUUCUUGAUUUGCUCAAAGCGUUAGAUUUUGACUGGAAAGACCAAAUUUUUUUUAUCUUCUGAAUCCAUUUUCUCUACAAAUCUAAAUAUCCAUCUCACCAGGAGCCGCAAAAAUCCCAGCAAACAAGAUUUUUUUGGUCAAAUUUAUAUCUUUUUAAUUUCUGAUUCAUGGGUAAUUGUUGUGUUACCCCGUCAACAGCCCCAGAUCACGAUAAUAAGAAGAACAAGAAGAAACAAAACCCAUUUGCUAUCGAGUACGGCCUCAACAAUGGAGUCCAGCACAGGCUAACCGUCUUAAAAGACCCAACAGGAGGAGAAAUCGAGCAAAGAUAUGAGCUAGGCAGAGAGCUAGGUAGGGGUGAAUUUGGAAUCACAUAUUUAUGUACGGACAAGGAGACUGGCGACCAUUUCGCCUGCAAAUCAAUCUCUAAGAAGAAGCUAAGGACGGCAGUGGAUAUCGAAGAUGUCAGGAGAGAAGUGCAGAUUAUGAGACAUUUGCCUAAGCAUCCUAAUAUUGUGAGUUUGAAGGAUACAUAUGAGGAUGAUAACGCAGUGCAUUUGGUGAUGGAGUUGUGCGAGGGUGGAGAGUUGUUUGAUAGGAUUGUGGCUAGAGGGCAUUACACUGAGAGAGCUGCUGCUGCUGUUACAAAGACCAUUGUGGAGGUUGUUCAGAUGUGCCACAAGCAUGGGGUGAUGCAUCGGGAUCUAAAACCUGAGAACUUUUUGUUUGCAAACAUGAAGGAAACUGCUCCUUUGAAGGCAAUUGAUUUUGGACUUUCUGUGUUUUUCAAACCUGGUGAAAAAUUUAAUGAGAUAGUUGGAAGUCCAUACUACAUGGCUCCUGAGGUUUUAAAGAGGGAUUAUGGCCCAGAAGUAGAUGUCUGGAGUGCUGGUGUCAUACUUUACAUCUUACUCUGUGGUGUCCCACCCUUUUGGGCAGAAACUGAACAGGGAGUUGCACAGGCAAUCAUUAGGUCUCGUAUAGAUUUUAGAAGGGAUCCUUGGCCCAAGGUUUCUGAUAAUGCCAAAGACCUUGUGAAAAAGAUGCUUGAUCCUGACCCAAAGCAUCGGCUUACAGCACAACAAGUGCUAGAUCAUCCUUGGUUGCAGAAUGCAAAGAAGGCGCCUAAUGUUUCCUUAGGUGAAACGGUGAAAGCAAGGCUCAAGCAAUUCUCUGUAAUGAACAAACUCAAGAAAAGAGCUCUUAGGGUAGUAGCUGAGCAUUUGUCAGUCGAGGAAGUUGCUGGCAUAAAGGAGGGCUUCCAACUGAUGGAUACUAGCAAUAAGGGAAAAAUUAAUAUAGAUGAGCUAAGAAUUGGGUUGCAGAAACUAGGUCAUCAGAUCACUGAUACUGAUCUUCAAAUGCUAAUGGAAGCUGGUGACUUAGACCGGGAUGGGCAUCUGGACUAUGGGGAGUUCGUGACCAUUUCUGUUCACCUAAGAAAGAUGGGUAAUGAUGAACACCUUCACAAAGCCUUCAAAUUCUUUGAUAAAAACCAAAGUGGGUAUAUAGAAAUUGAGGAGCUAAGAGAUGCCUUGGCUGAUGAAGUUGAUGAAAACAGCGAAGAGAUCAUUAAUGCUAUUAUUCAUGAUGUGGACACAGAUAGGGAUGGAAGAAUAAGUUACGACGAGUUUGCCACGAUGAUGAAGGCUGGUACAGAUUGGAGAAAAGCAUCAAGACAGUAUUCGCGAGAGCGGUUCAAUAAUCUGAGCCUCAAAUUAAUGAAGGAUGGGUCAUUAGAACUGAACAGUGAGGGUAGAUGACUCAACAAGAAAGAAUCAUGACUUGUGAAAAGGCUGAAAGUACAAUUUUUUAGUUUUUGGUUUCCAGAUUUUCUUAACCCUUUUGCAAAAUCCUUUUUUGGUAAAUAGGAUGUGAGCCCUGGUUGUUGAUUUUUGUUAUGUAAUUUUCACCUGAAUUUGGAAUGUUUCUUGUUCUUGUUGUGAGAGAGUGGUGGGACAAAACUAGUGAUGAAGGUUGAAGAAGAGGCUGUUAUUUGUGGUUGUAAAUGUUGUUACAAUGUUAUUAUUAAUUCAAUGCUUAUAGAAGAAAUGUUAUUAAUUCAA